UUUGGGCUUAACAAGUGAUCGCUGCUGUCUAGGAUUUUCUUUUUCUGGGGAACCUUGACUUCCUUUCCCAAUCGUGCCCACCUGUGCUGAACUCCAGAGGAACCAGAAGUGUUGGGGUCUUCCUCGGGGCAGCCCUGAUCCCCACCCUGGGCUCCAGCAGCGAGGACUCUGUGCCCUCAGGCAACAGAACUUGUUCCGUGGAUAUUUUGCAGCUUCCACCUGCCACACCGGAGUGAUUCCUUCUACCCCCAAGAACAUUCUUCCCCUCCUCCAGCUGUUGCAGCUUGAGGGGGAAAGACAAACCAAGCGGGGGUUUUCUUUAUAUUUAUUUUUCACUCCGCCUGGGAACGGUGAAGUACUUCUUCUGCAUGAUUUUAGCUGAAGGAUGCUCUGCAUUUCCUUGAUUUCUAUGGAGACCUCAGAGCUGGGUUUGCUCCUGCUGACACCUCAUCUUGUACCUUCUCUACCUCCCAAGGUCUUUGCCUCUUUCAAUAGCUUGGCAUUGCCCCUGGGUCCAGGAAGCCUAUGAUGAACUUAAGGGGAGCACCUGGAGAAUCAUCCUGAUAGGCUUUGAGCAGCAAUGGCUGGACAUACUUCAAGCCACAUGUUAACAUGGGUCAAGCCAUCACUAGAAGGCAAGUGCUAAGACUAAAGGCUUAUUUGCAUUUUAUUUAAAUUUGAUGGACUGAGCUUUGGACAAUUUCCAUGGCAGAAAAAUAUAUUCCAUUUUCUAGGCACAACUGCUGGCUGUCAGACACUUGCUGCCUUUGAAUCUUGCAGCAUCAUCACCAACCACCCUAGACGUAUUUCCAAAUUUGAACAGCCACCCUGAAACAGGUGUUUGGGAGACCCCAACAUUUUCUGACUUAGGCCUGAGAGUGCUAGGUUGUUUAUCUAGACCAGCCAAGCUCCGGAGAGCAAUGUUGAAUCCCUGGGAACAGAGAGCAUGGGGCGUGCUGAUUUAAAAACAGAAAAUGCAAAGUUGGACUGAAAAUAUCCUUAGUCUUCCAAGCAAUCUGCUUAAGGGUUCCAAACUUACCUUCAUUUGGUGACAAAAGAAGCUGCCCUAUUUUUCUUUCUUCUUCUUCUUCUACAACUGGAACCAGCCAUUUCCAAAAACCACCACCAUGGAGGUUGCAAUGGUGAGUGCGGAGAGCUCAGGGUGCAACAGUCACAUGCCUUAUGGUUACGCGGCCCAGGCUAGGGCACGGGAGCGGGAGAGGCUUGCUCACUCAAGGGCAGCUGCGGCAGCUGCCGUGGCAGCUGCCACAGCUGCUGUGGAAGGCAGUGGGGGUUCUGGAGGGAGCUCCCACCACCACCACCAGUCGCGUGGGGCCUGCACCUCCCAUGACCCUCAGGGCAGCCGGGGUAGUCGGAGGAGGAGGCGCCAGCGGCCUGAGAAGAGGAGAGUCCACCACCGUCAGAGCAGCUUUCCUCAUUGCUCCGACCUGAUGCCCAGUGGCUCUGAGGAGAAGAUUCUGAGGGAACUGAGUGAGGAAGAGGAAGAGGAGGAGGAGGAGGAGGAGGAGGAAGAGGAAGGAAGGUUUUACUAUAGUGAGGAUGACCAUGGUGAUGAAUGUUCCUACACGGACCUGCUGCCCCAGGAUGACGGGGGCGGUGGUGGCUAUAGUUCAGUCCGCUACAGUGACUGUUGUGAACGUGUGGUGAUAAAUGUGUCGGGCCUGCGCUUUGAGACCCAGAUGAAGACUCUGGCCCAGUUUCCAGAGACUUUGUUGGGAGACCCUGAGAAGAGGACUCAGUACUUUGACCCUUUGCGUAAUGAGUAUUUUUUCGACAGAAACAGGCCUAGCUUUGAUGCCAUCUUAUAUUAUUACCAAUCAGGAGGCCGCCUCAAGAGGCCAGUCAAUGUCCCCUUUGAUAUCUUCACUGAGGAGGUGAAGUUCUAUCAGUUGGGAGAGGAGGCCCUGCUCAAGUUUCGGGAGGACGAGGGCUUUGUGAGAGAAGAGGAGGACAGGGCCUUGCCAGAGAAUGAAUUUAAAAAGCAGAUUUGGCUUCUGUUUGAGUAUCCGGAGAGUUCCAGUCCAGCAAGGGGCAUAGCCAUCGUUUCGGUCCUGGUCAUCUUAAUCUCCAUUGUCAUUUUCUGCCUGGAAACUUUACCUGAGUUUAGGGACGACAGGGAUCUCAUCAUGGCACUGAGUGCAGGCGGGCACAGUGGGUUGUUGAAUGACACCUCGGCACCCCACCUAGAGAACUCAGGGCACACCAUCUUCAACGACCCCUUCUUCAUUGUGGAAACAGUCUGUAUUGUUUGGUUUUCCUUCGAGUUUGUGGUUCGCUGCUUUGCUUGUCCCAGCCAAGCACUCUUCUUCAAAAACAUCAUGAACAUCAUUGACAUUGUAUCCAUUUUGCCUUACUUCAUCACCCUGGGCACUGAUCUGGCCCAGCAGCAGGGGGGUGGCAACGGUCAGCAGCAGCAGGCCAUGUCCUUCGCUAUCCUCAGGAUCAUCCGUCUGGUCCGAGUAUUCCGGAUCUUCAAACUCUCCAGGCAUUCCAAAGGCCUGCAGAUCCUGGGCCACACCCUCAGAGCCAGCAUGCGGGAGCUGGGACUUCUGAUCUUCUUCCUCUUCAUUGGGGUCAUCCUGUUUUCCAGUGCUGUGUAUUUCGCAGAGGCAGAUGAACCUACCACCCAUUUCCAAAGCAUCCCAGAUGCGUUUUGGUGGGCCGUGGUGACCAUGACAACUGUGGGCUAUGGGGACAUGAAGCCCAUCACUGUGGGGGGCAAGAUCGUGGGGUCCCUGUGUGCCAUUGCAGGUGUCUUAACCAUUGCUUUGCCAGUGCCAGUGAUUGUCUCUAACUUUAACUAUUUCUACCACAGAGAGACUGAGAAUGAGGAACAGACACAGCUGACACAGAACGCAGUCAGUUGCCCAUACCUCCCUUCUAAUUUACUGAAGAAAUUCCGGAGCUCUACUUCUUCUUCCCUGGGGGACAAGUCAGAGUAUCUAGAGAUGGAAGAAGGAGUUAAGGAAUCUCUCUGUGCAAAGGAGGAGAAGUGUCAGGGAAAGGGGGACGACAGUGAGACAGAUAAAAACAACUGUUCUAAUGCGAAGGCUGUGGAGACUGAUGUGUGAAUCUUGUUCUCCACCUGCUACUGCCUCCCCCCCGCCCCAGCCCCAGUAUCUCCAAAUAUAUUUAUGCAUAGAGAGUGGAGUUAUGAAAAUGAAAUAUGCAAACGAAUCUCAUGCAUAUAGUAGUACACCAUUUAAUGGUUAUACGUGACAUAAUUGUUACUCAACUUGUAUUACAUAUCAAAUAAAUGAUACAUCUUGGAGAAGAGGGAGGCUAAAAUAGGAGCAAAUCUUAUCUUUAUAUUUUUUAUUAGAAUGCAAGAAUUUUGCACACUAACUGGAAAAGAUGUUAAAAGUAAAGGUGGUUCUGUGGAGAGAAGGUAUAUGUGUGUGUGUGUGUGUGUGUGUGUGUGUGUGUGUGCGUGCACGUGCACGCACACACACGUGCUGCGUGCGUGUAUGUGCAAGUAAAUUGUCAACAUUGUUAGUAAUUGUGCAGUGACGGGAAGAGUUGGCAUUUUGAAGUAUUUACUAUGUAAGAACUAAUGAAUUUGAGGAGUCAUUUAUCAGUGCUCUGAUAGCAUCUCAUGUCUUUGGAUUCCAUAGUUGUUUUUUAAAAAUUGUAAGAAUUACUGUGUAGGGGGAAAAAAAAGGAAAGUGAAUUAUUUAAUAGAAUAUAGGUCACAGUUUUACCUUGGAUUUAAUUAAAGUUUAUUUUUAACUGGAAAUUAACUUUUAAAAAGGCUUCAGGGGCCUUUAGAAAUUGAUUAUAUUUUAUUAUUAAUUUGGGGGAAGAUAUGACAGCAAAUGCCUAACAAUAAUGGAAGAAGUGAAAUCGGAGAAAAUGUAACAAGUUUUGUUCACAGAUAACAGGACUGGAAUUUUUUUUUUUCCUUUGCACUACUUUAUAUGAUGGAGAUUGAGAGAGACUUCCUACUGUGAGUGUUUACUAAUGUAACAGUUCAGUGACAAUCAUUGGAAGAAUGAUUUCUUAGUCUUAUUUUAUGUUCUCUUCUUUUCUUUGUGUGAGACUAAUGGCCACGCAGAUAACAGCACAUGGUUCCCUUCUUUUAAAAUCUAGAUAACUGAUCUGCAAAGGGACUCUGAAGUAAAAUUUAGCAAUGGAAUCUUUUAGAAAUUGGACUGUGACAAUGAUGCUUCUGAAACCAUACUAUUUUAAUUAUUCUUCUGCCUUUUAAAUGCAGAAUAAUUUAACCAAAGUUAAUGCAUGCACUGAAAGAAUUCUUGAAGAAAAUAAGAUGCCCAGCAGCUACAGUGAUUAUGGCUUAAGAGCUUUCUAUUAAAUGUGCAACGUAAAUGCUA